UUAUCGAAACUCCUAAAUUAUCGAUGAGCUUCAGGUUUGGAUUAACGGGCAUCAGCACCCAACAAUCCAUCGCCAUUGAAUUAAGGAAGCAUCAGCUUUAACAUCAUUUUCCUUCCCAGAAGAGUCAACCUGGAGAUUCCAGUCAACUUUUUUUUCUGUCCAUAAUCUUCCGUACAAAACCCAAUCAGAUUCUCAGUUUCAAUAACCCCCCAAUUUCUUUAGCGAAGAUAGGAUAUUAAGAGAAAGCUGGGGAAAAGUAUAUGAUUUCCACUCGGAUUAUUGUUCAUUAGAGGUGAAGGACGAUGAGCACAAAGGUGAAAGGCCUCAUCAAGGGCAUCAAGUACAUAUCCCAUCAGAUAUUUGAUGAAGAAAAAGAAUCAGAAAUACAGAUUGGGUUUCCUACAGAUGUAAAGCAUGUGGCUCAUAUAGGGUGGGAUGGACCGUCUGCUGUGGAUAAUCCUACCUGGAUGAAUGAAUUCAAAGGAUCUGGAGCGUUGAAGUCUGCGCCGUUAGGCCCUCCGACGGACUCCAAAGAGAACCCAGAGAUCAAAUGGGUGUCUGAAGAUUCGAAAGGACGACGUGCGCCGAAGUCGGAGAGCAGAGACGCCGGUGUGGAAGGAUCAUCGAAACCCAGGCGCCAUUCUGUCGCCAACGACAGUACCGCCGCCGCCGCCGCCGCCGCAGGCGGCGGCGGUGGAGAUUCCCCAAAAUCCUCCAAGCCGCGGCAGACGAGGCGGAGCAAGGCCUCUUCCGACGGCGCCAAAAUCAAGGACCCCGCCGCCGCCGCCGACGGCGGCCCGGACGUUCCGAAGAAGUCCCGGCGAAAGAAGUCCAGGGAUUUCAACGCCGACGGCUCCAUCCGGUCCACACGAACAUCCAAAAGCUCCGGCACCGCCGCCGGCGCGUCAACACCAGACGCAGCCGCCGAUCAAUCCUCACAGGAUUCAACCAACGCCAACCCCCCUUCAUCAAAGACUCAGGAAGACGGCGAAAACCCCGUGCUUUUUUGAGCCAAACCCCAUAAUCCCCACCGAUCCUAUUCUUCAAAUUUUCCCCUGACUAAACUCAACAUUUGUAAACAUCUUAAGACCACGAUUCAUGUUAUUUAUGUAAAAGAAUUACUGUUUCCCUUUCUUGUACUGUCUGUAACUUCAUCAUCUCCAUUACUUCCCAGAAACCAUAUUAUUAUAAAGCUUUUAUAGUUGAUCAUCACUGUACCUGAAAAUGAACAAAACAGAGUUCUCUGCACUCAAGCAUUCAUAUGUAUACACUUAUCAUUACAUUAAUUACCCAAACAAUUCCAAAAAUGUC